AUGUCCCUAAGUAUAAGAUCCCUGUUAUUUGACCUUCGUUCUUAUGACACUGGAGGUGUCAGUCUUGCCGCCAUCUGCGUACGAAGAUCAGGUUCUUCGGUGGAGAUACUGCAAUUGUACUUUGUAGGAAGGUGGAGCGCCCGGGAGCGGGGUCUUCGGCCCACUUUCAUGUGUCUAUUCAAGUCGAGAACGCCGGUCGAGACUUCUACUUUCAUCCUAACCCGAAUUGGGCAGCCACGUGAUUCACCGGACAAGACUCUCGUCUGCAGCUGCCCAAAUUCGUGUCUUGGCCAAAUAGAAAUUACACGUAGGAUUUACUAUAAGGAAGCCUAG